AUGCAGCUCCUGCAGGGACGUUCGAAUGAAACCUUGCCUCCUCGUUCGCGGCGUGCGAGAUUUGCGAGACUUCUGCGACGUCUUGCCUGCAUAGCUCACAGGAAGUCCGUUGCUGAGGUCACUGAUGUAACGACACAGACGACGUCUUGCCCUGCGACAGCUGGUACUAUUGUCUCUCCAGUAGCGGCCGGAGUGAGAGGGACAUCCGUUGUCGAGACAGUGAUGUGCCCACCGGUUAUGGCAUGCGAUCCCGUUCUACCUAUCCCACAGUCGUCCAUCCCACGGUCCCAGUCACGGCGCGCUUCUCCCCGUUUGUCUGGCACUGCCAUACAUAUCAAAGAGUUCGACGCCUGUUCUCUCAUCAACGCGAUCCGUCGUGUGGAUCGAAGGCUGGCGUCCCAGAGCCUGACGCGGCAUCCGUCCCGAUUCGUGCGGGGGACGAAGAAACGGUGGUCCCCUGCGUCCAGCAAGGCGUCCUAUGCCCACCCUUCGCGCACGCAGCGUGGCUCGCUGCUCUCUACAGAGCACACGGUAACUCUAUCACCCACGCAAGGCCCUGGUGUCGAUUGUGACAGCGAUUGGUCGGAAGAUACGAUGUGCGAGGCGUAA